CCCGGGGCGGGCCGUGGGGGCCGCAUGCGGCGACAUGGAGGAGGAGGGCAAGAAGGGCAAGAAGAGGGAGGGCUAGCAUCUGACCAUAUUUUUCAACAAACUGAAAAGGGAAUAGAAAAUGCAUAGCAACUGUCGGCAGAGGGUGAAAAACCAGAAUUCCUCCAAAGAAACAACUCAAACUGAGUGUCUAAUGGGGUGUUCCAUGGAGAAUGAGCCUGGAAUUGUGUCGCCAUUUAAACGAGUAUUCCUAAAAGGUGAAAAGAGUAGAGAUAAGAAAGCCCAUGAGAAGGUGACAGAGAGGCGCCCUCUGCACACUGUGGUGCUGUCAUUGCCUGAGCGUGUCGAGCCAGACAGACUGCUGAGCGACUAUAUUGAGAAGGAGGUGAAGUAUUUAGGUCAGUUAACAUCCAUACCUGGAUACCUGAAUCCUUCCAGUAGGACUGAAAUCCUGCAUUUCAUAGACAAUGCAAAGCGAGCCCACCAGCUUCCUGGACACCUGACCCAGGAGCAUGAUGCCGUGCUCAGCUUGUCUGCCUACAACGUCAAGCUGGCCUGGAGGGACGGCGAGGACAUUAUCCUCAGGGUGCCCAUCCAUGACAUUGCUGCUGUCUCCUAUGUCCGAGAUGAUGCUGCACACCUGGUGGUCCUGAAGACAGCUCAGGACCCAGGCAUCUCUCCCAGCCAGAGUCUGUGUGCGGAAGGCUCCAGAGGCCUCAGUGCAGGUUCCCUGUCUGAGAGUGCAGUGGGGCCAGUUGAGGCAUGCUGUCUGGUCAUCCUGGCCACAGAGAGCAAGGUCGCCGCAGAAGAGCUCUGCUCCUUGCUCAGCCAGGUCUUCCAGAUUGUUUACACAGAGUCCACUAUCGACUUUCUGGACCGAGCGAUAUUUGAUGGGGCCUCCACGCCCACCCACCACCUGUCCCUGCACAGCGAUGACUCUUCCACAAAAGCAGACAUGAAGGACACCUAUGACGCUGAGGCCAGCACUUUCUGCUUCCCUGACCCUGGGGACACCGGAGGUCUGCUGUCCUUGCCCUUCUGCAUGCAGGCGUCACCCCACAGCAAGACGGUCAGUGAGAGCGAGCUGAGCACUAGCGCCACGGAGCUGCUGCAGGACUACAUGCUUACGCUGCGCACCAAGCUGUCAUCCCAGGAAAUCCAGCAGUUCGCAGCACUGCUGCACGAAUACCGCAACGGGGCCUCCAUCCACGAGUUCUGCGUCAGCCUCCGGCAGCUCUACGGAGAUAGCCGCAAGUUCCUGCUGCUCGGUCUGAGGCCCUUCAUCCCUGAGAAGGACAGCCAACACUUUGAGAACUUCUUGGAGACCAUUGGUGUGAAAGACGGCCGUGGCAUCAUCACCGACAGCUUUGGCAGACACCGACGGGCCCAGAGCACCACGUCCACCUCCACAACCAAUGGGAACAGGACCACAGGAAGCCCUGAUGAUCGGUCAGCACCCUCAGAGGGGGACGAGUGGGACCGUAUGAUCUCAGACAUCAGUAGUGAUAUUGAGGCACUGGGCUGCAGCAUGGACCAGGACUCUGCGUGAGGGUCAUACACGUGCCCACGUGUCCCGUACACCUUCCCCAGACCUCUCUGGGAGGAGAGGCCCAGACCUGUGUAUCAGCCCUUCUCUCUGGCUAGGGGCUGGGGAGGGCCUACAGGCACAGGUGGCCUCGGCGGCCAGGUCAUCUACUGUGAAGGGGCAGGGAGCUGCCAUAGACCACUUGCCCUGAUUCUGGACAGAAAGCCCUGUGCCUCAUCCUUAGGGCUCAGCUUUGCCCUGUGGCAUGGCCCCAUUUGGGGAGAGCCGGGCCACCCGGCAGAGAGGGCCAAUUGUGUCAGCCUGGCUCUGGGCAGCUGGGAAUUUUGCACAUGAUGUUCCUCUUGUAACUCUCAGAGACCUUAAAAAGAAGUUUACUACAAUGUGAAUAAUUUAA